AUGAAGCAGUGGGUGCUGAGCGGAACUUGCGGGACGGAUUCCCUCCAGCUCCAAGAUGUUCCUAUUCCCGAGCCAAGUGACCACGAGGUUCUGGUAAAGUUCCACGCAGCUUCACUCAACUUCAGAGACAUCAUGAUUGCAAAUGGACAAUAUUAUGUCAAAACUAAGGAGGGAGUAAUUCCUGGCUCUGAUGCUGCGGGUGAGAUUGUCGAAGUUGGCCCAAAGGUGACCAGAUUUACUACUGGACAACGGCUUUCACCUAUCUUUCAUUUGACACACCUCUAUGGUUCUGUGAAGGAUUCAGACAUUCAGAAUCAGCUGGGCGGAACCUAUGACGGGGUAUUUCGCGAGUACGCUGUCUUCAAUGAGCAUGGUUGCGUGGAGAUUCCAUCCACCUUGUCUUACCUUGAAGCUGCAACUCUACCUUGGGCUGCACUCACAGCGUGGAAUGCCCUUUAUGGUGGUCCGCGAAAGUUGAAGCCGGGUGAUGUGGUUCUCACGCAAGGCAGCGGCGGUGUUAGCAUAUUUGCUCUCCAGUUCGCCAAGCUCGGUGGCGCACAAGUCUUCUCGACAACUAGCAGUGUGGAGAAGGGUGCAAAGCUGCGAGAAUUAGGCGCAGAUGUGAUAAUAAAUUAUGCCGAGGAUAGCGAAUGGGGCCAGACUGCCAAACGCCAAUCGCACCGAAAGAGAGGAGCUGAUUUUGUGGUCGAGAUUGCCAAUACUAUGGCUCAACGCUCAAUCUUCCCAAGCAGUUGCUAACGAUGGAUGUAUCGCAACCAUCGGACGAAGAGGAGGAUCUGAAGCGGGGGCGGGCACCUCUCAUAGCUCCGUGCUAGCGACCGUUCGAAGAAUUUUGGUUGGCAGUCGACAGCUUCAAGAGGAUAUGAAUGCUGCCAUUGAAGUAAGCUACCUUAAGCCACAUAUUGAUGGUCGUUCAUUCAAGUUCUAUGAACUUAAGGAGGCAUUUGAUUAUUUUCAGAAGGGAAGCCACUUUGGUAAGGUUGUCGUGGACUUCGACUGAUUGGCG